GCACGGGCAAGUUAACCGGCUGGGUCAUGCCGAUAUAAUUCGGGUCGGGUCGGGUCAAGUCGAGUGGUAAAUGAUCCAACCCACCGUGCAGUUAAGUGAAGUUAUUGGUCCGUAUGAAUGCAGUCUCGGUGGAGUGCAGGCAGGCACGAUGGAGUUAUUCGCCCGUGUGUGAGAAGCAGUCAUGGAGAGCAACUCGCAGACAACGUCUUCCAAAAACGACGGCCAAUUUAUGCGUUUUUUUUUAAAUGCCAGCGUCGAUCAGUAUUAGAACUGCUCCUCUGCUCGCCCCCAUUUUCCAACCACUCUGCCUCUCGUUUCUUCAAUUCAGUCUCAGCGCGCGUGUUAGAGAUCAGUCUUGCGAUUAGCGGUGGAGAAAUUCGGAGGGGGAUCAUUAAUGAACGACGAGCUGGACACGUGCGAGGCCGAGGAGGAGGUUGGAGCGGCAGAGGCCGGAUCCGGCGAUGAGUCGCGGCCGCCGGCGCAGUCUUCGGUUCCGUCCCCUAAGAGAAGCCGGCGGGAGGUGGAGAAGCGGGUGGUGACGGUGCCGAUAAGCGAGACGAAGGGCAGCGGCGAGGGAGCUCCGCCGCCGGAUUCGUGGGCUUGGAGGAAGUACGGUCAGAAGCCCAUCAAGGGCUCGCCUUAUCCGAGGGGUUACUAUCGGUGCAGCAGCUCGAAGGGAUGCCCGGCGAGGAAGCAGGUGGAGCGGAGCCGGCUCGAGCCGUCCAUGAUCGUGGUGACCUACUCCUUCGACCACAACCACCCGUGGCCGCUCCCCAAGAACCACCACCACAACAGCGCGGCGCUGGCGGCGGCGCCGCCGCAGCCCCUCCCGCAGGGGGAACCCAGCCCGCCGGAGUCGAUCGAGCGGGAGGAGGACACCAAGUUCUCCGACUUGAUCUCGGAGGAGGGGUCGCUGCUCCCCGUCGACGUGUACUCCACGGCCUCCCCCUCCGCCGCAGGAUCCAGCGAGCUCCUCUACGGUUCGGUCUUCUUCUCCAGGGCCGAUGCCGUCUCCGGCGCCGGCGGCGCCGCGGCGCUUCCCGAGGAGCGCGAGGAAUUCCUGAACGAAGGCGAGGAGGACUCUCUGUUCGCGGGGCUGGGAGAGCUGCCGGAGUACUCGGUGGUGCUUCGCCGAGAGCUGGCGUCCACAUCCUGGGUGGGGACCACCGGCUGACCUCCCCCUCCGCGUUCCCUCCGCCCGUCGAUUGGUUCGAGGAGGACUUUGACGUAUAAAAACCGGCACCAUCCCUCUCCCUCUCCCUCUCCCUCCUUAUUUGUUUUUUUUCGUUUUCCCCCUCAAAUAAUUAGAUAUUUACCCAUAAAAACAAAAUGUUUCCCGUGUUCAUUUUAGACCUCACAAUAAAUCUGUCGUUUUCUGCUCGA